AGUCGUUCGGAUCGUGCGGAAAGGGUGCACUUUUUGUUUUCGGGCGGCUCUGUUUCUUUGAAGUGACGGCUCAUACACUAAACACUCCAUUCGGUCGUCCGUUCGGGGGUACUAGCCGUGUGUGUGUUGCGUGUAUUAGAAAUCCCAGUAGGCUGGAAUAGUGGCAAUUUUUGCGCGUAAGCGAACGUGAGUGUUGUUCUUUUUUAAAUGUGAAAUAUCGUCUCACCUAUGAGAUUACCUGUUAUCGUGUGAGCGAUAGUGUCAUUCAAAUGACUGACCGCAGGUAGAUGAAUGGGUGAAAAUAAAUCCCCUGGUGACGAUCUCGGUUUGGAACAGUGAUAAAGUGGCAAACAGAGAGUAGAAUUAAUUUGCGACCUGAAGAAUCAAUUGUUUCAUUGAUGAUGAGAAGCGCUCGGUCGAAUAGUAGCUAUCAGGGCUGAUAACGGCACUAGCGGAAGAAAAAGGAAAGCUAAUCGCACCCCGGUGGAGAGGAAGAUUAUACUUUGAAGCUGUGCCGACGCCGGUGUUGUGGGUACAAAUGUCGUUUCGGUUUCUGCGGCUGAGUGGCUUUUGACAUGUAGCGAAGAGUUGUUGAGUAAUUGGAAGAUUCAUUGCUGAAGCUGGUUCUUUUCGAAACUUCUUUUUUUCUGGAAGAAAAGUAGGCCGAGAAGAGUUUUAAAACUGGUGAUAUAGUGAGCAGGUGGUGUCUUUCCAGCGGAAGUUCAGUGACAUUUUUACUGAAAACGAGAAUUAAAGUUCAAAUCAACAGUCAAAAAUUUCUUCUGGGACAUCAGCUUUAGAGUUUUAUUCAUUCGUUUGUGCAUUGUAUUACAAUCAAGUAAAGUGCGUCGAAGCACUGUUUCUACAUAUCCAACCGAAAAAUGUUACAUUCACCCUCUAAGAAUCAGGUGAUUUGUUCCCAGCAAGAUGUCCUCAAUCGUUAGAAAAAACGAUCCACAACGAACGAUGUGCGAAAGAACCCAUCAUCAUGUUCAAUAAUAGCCAUUUAACGACCGCCGGACCGUGGCUGCUGUGUGCGCAGUGAAAUGCUAAUUGGUGGGGUUAAGGUUAAAUGCAGAAAAAAGAUCCUCGGAACGUUCGAAAUGCAGAAUUCCGCAGGUGAUUUCUGCCAAACGGAGUGAUUAGCGCUCAGGUAGCUAGCGCCUGUUCAGUUCAAAUCAGUUCGGUACCCAAGGAGUUCCGUGCGUCUGUGUGUGUGUGAGAGUUCAACCAGCAUCCACUUCCACCUUUUGGCAUAUCGGGCCAUAAGAUGCCUUGGGGCUGUCUCUGCUCCAAGGAAAAGAAACGCCCGCAAAUUAGCAGUCCCAUAUUGAAGUCCGUUCCGGCCGGCAAGCAUCAGCUCCUGCCAACCGUAAGACGUCCCCUGCGCCCAGGUACCGCUUCAGCAGCUUCAGAAAAACUCGAACAACGCCUGCUCGAUCCGAAUCUGAACGAACUCGAACCACCGACUGGUGCCAAGUCAUCGUCGUCUUCGGCAGUCGCCGCCACCGCCGGUGACGAAAGCAGCGAAGAAUUCCUCAAUGGUGCGGGCAGCAGCAGCGGAACCAGCGGCAGUGGUGGCUCCCAGCGGGACCGGCUCCAGCAACAGCUGAUUCAAAAGUCCAAACUAAAAUCGUCGAACCUGAAGAGUACUACCUACACGCGAAACACCGAGAAUGACAAGCUGACGAGGCAUUUGAAUAAUGUUAAGUUUGCGUUUGACGAACCACCGGUGGCGGUGGAGGCUGCGGCGGACCAGCCCAAGCCAGCGGAGUUAAUCCGGUUGGACGACGAGGACGAUCAGAAUCAGGUGGAUUGCAAUGGGAACGGAAACUACGAUGUAUUGCCACCGCAGGUGGCGGUCCCCCGGCUGGACGUUGUCCUGCAGAUCGUGGAGGGAGGUGAUGUGAACAGUAACUAUCAUCUGAAGGUUCCACCGGUCCAGCCGGAUGUGGUGAGGAGCAGCACCGAAAGUAUUCCUUACAUCGACGACGAGCAGUCCAAGAUACUGGCGAAUCUCAAUAGUGACCCAAAAAAAGUUCAGAAUUUUCACGACGCUCGAAUUAUCACACUUACACCAAAGAAUGUCGGUUCGCAGGCUGAAAAGCAGCGAGGACCGUCCAGUCCGGAGCUGAAACAACUGGUACUGGCGAAAAAUCAGCGGCUGCUGGAAGCGGUACCACAACUGGCAAAGUUAAGAUUCACUCACGCCUUCCACAUACUGGCCACCGGGUGCUGCAACCGGGUCUGUCAGCAGUGUCAUCUGGUACUCAGCUUGGAUGUGGCGCUGCGGUGUGCUAUAUGCGAAUUCACGUGCCACCAGCGGUGUGUGCGGCUCGAACAGAAAAACAACCACGAAGAUGAGCAGCAACAGAUCAUUAACAAAUACAAUUCGCUCCCGAUUCAACAGCAGGAGCAGCAGCAGCAACAAUCACAGCAGCGCCUUCCACAGUCCCGGCCGACCUCCAGCUUGGGCCAUGUAAAUAAUAACAAUAAUAAUAAUGGCAACACUACCACCACCAACGGAAAUCAUUACCAUAAUUACUCGGUGCACCAUCAACAGCAGCAGCAACAUCAGACGCCAACAUUCAACCAGCAACAGCACCACAGUUACAACAAUAACAACAACAUCAGCGCAGGAUCAAACGAAUCCGCCCUACGGUUGAGUUAUGUGACCGAGAGGAUACUGGCGUCGAUUCUGCCCGCCCGGAGGAUACGCAAUGGUGGCAGCCCGGGCUUCGUCGAUGAGCACGAGCGGGAGCUGAUCGAGAUGCUGGAACAGAAGCACGAAAAGAACUACCGGAUAUUCGACCUGGAAUCGUGCAUCGCCAGCAUCAGCCUGGAGAAACUGUGCGAACUGUGCAAACACAUCGACUCGUGGCUUGGCAGCGGCAAGGAGAAAAUUGUAGUUCUGCAGGACAGGGAGGACAAGCAACGGUUGGGAGCGGCCAUCGCCGCCUACCUCGAGUACCAGAAAAUCUGCGGCUCGAACUUUCCGCAGUCCAGCCGAUCCAAAUCAUCACCCGGCGGAGGCGCAACGGAUCUCAGCGGCCGCCGAACACCGACCUGGCUCGAUCUGGACAUUUACUCCACCCAGAAGUUCCUGGAGUCGAUCACCGGUCCGCUGCGGAUACCGUCGCACAAGCGCUACAUCAGGUACUUCUCCGGGCUGCUGGCCGGGACGAUCAAAAUGAAUGCCUCCUCCGUGUUCCUGCGGGCCAUCAUCGUCGAGUCACCGCCCUGCCUGCACUACCGGGCCGUCACGGUGAACAGCGAGUGGCGUAGCUUCAUCAAGAUAUUCGAGGGCGUCCGGUGUCUGUUCACGUCGGACAUCUACGUGAUACCGAUCACCACCCGGCAGUUUAUCUACGAGAUCAAACAUCCGCUGCGGUUGCGCGGUGACGUGCUGAUACGCUGCUAUCAGAUCAUACCAAAUAACAACAAGCUGCACGACGAGAAGGAACUGAUCUCGGCCGUGCAGUUUCACACCUGUGCCAUAACCCAGAGGGAAGUACAAUUCGCCAAGGUCGAGCUGGAUCUGGCCUGCGAUGACGAACGAUUUCCGGGCGAUCACAAAGUAACGCUCUGCUUCAAUACUACCCCGACCGAGCGGAGUGCGAUAGUGGUCUUUCAGAAUCCGCUCGUACGGAUAGAACCGCUCAUCGACGGUGGCGAUCAUCUGGAGACGAUCAAUGAGGACGAAUCGUACCACACGCAGGGUCCGCUGGAUGGUUCCCUGUACGCGACGAUCCUCAAGAGUCCCAAAUCUCCAACUGCCGCCACCGCCGCCGCCGCCGCCUUCGAUCGGGACGGAGUAGCGGGAGGUGGUAUUCCCCAGACACUGAUCUCGCCGCCGGUCGAGUUUAGCAAUACGAGAACGAUUGUCAAUGGUACCAACAGCACCAGCACCACCACCACCACGGUCGGAGCUGGGAGGCAACCGCCGGUGACGCCUCCACCGCGAAACGCAAACUACGUUUACGAAGGUGCCAAACGCUACCAAAGUGUUGUUUCCAGUGCGGGUCGGGUCGGUUACGGUUACCAGGGGAAAGUGACUAGUGAGAGUCUUAACGGUGGUGUGAAUCCAAAUGAAAAUGAAAAUAAUAAUAAUAAUAGCAGUGGUAACUACAGAGAAGUGAUAGAGAACGGGAGCGGUUACGAUCAGAACCAGAACCCGGUCGGUCAGCGGCAGCAGCAAUCGCAUCAAACGCAUAUUAGGAAUCAGGCGGACGGGCGGGAAUCGGUUCGGAGCCCGCUGACACUGUCUAUGGAUUCCGGGAUCUCGAGCAGUGGACCAGUGAAUCGUCGCCUACAGGGCUCCAGCGUAUCGCCAUCCAGUUUCCCCAGUCAAACUAGUCCGCAAGAUGAUCGCCACCGUGAACUGGACGAUCUGCUGUCCGAUAUGCUGAUGACGGUCCAAGGCAUUCCGGACGUCGCUCGAAAAGCAGCAGCAGCCGACCACGCUCAUAACCAUCAGCAUCACCAUCAUCAUCAUCACCAGCAACAGCAGCAGCAGCAGCAGCGCGUCACCACCCACUAUCAGCAGCAACAGAAUCUGAGCGAUCAUUUUGUAAACACAAACACCGACACGAUCAAGCGCUCCCACUCGGCCCAGCUGCCGGCACUCAGAGAGGAACGGGCCGAUUCGGAGGAGGGUUUACAGCACUCUCUCACCUCCAGCUCGGUGAACAAGGAGCGCGAGUUACUGAUGUACGAAACGAGCAGUACGACCACCACGCUGACGCCACCGCCAAGUGAGAGCGGCCGGGACACUCCGCUGCUGAGUAGCGCCUACUCGACAAUCCGCGAUAAGAGAGACCUCGGCGGGUCCCACUGUCUCACACCGACCGAGCGGGAGCUCAUCAUGAAUCUGCAGCACCAUCAGCACCAGCAGCAUCAGUCUUUCGGAUAUCCCCGUCAGGCACGGUCUACUACCGGAGCUUCGGAACGGUUCACUUCGGACGACGACGACGAUUACCGACAGCAGCAGCAGAUUCCGUAUCACGCCCGGGAGGACUCACGACCCUUCACCUACGGUAGCAUACCGCUAACGGGUACGCCCCAAAAUCCGCCAGCCUCCACCAUGCUGAAGAUGCAGUCGGGCCUGUCGAGUCCGUCGAUGGUGCGCAAAGCGCUCGGCACUCCGACCACCGGUCGUAAAUCGAUGGGCGGUGGGCCCACCACCACCACCGGUCGGAACUCGGAAUUUGAGGAAAUGUUGCGCGAACGGCGCGAAAAAGUGUUCAGUGAAAAGUACACCAUCGGCGACCAGCAGUCGUCUCCCGGUGGUGGUUUAGGUGAUAACAGUGGCAGCGGUAUCGGGAAUAGACGCGACGGUUUCGAUACGGUUGAUAACGGCCGGUGGACCACGAACAGUUACACGAUCAAAACGGUGACCACCUCGUCGGGGGCGGCGGCGGAUCAGCAGAACGGCUAUCAUCUUCCGCACGAGCCGCUGAAACGGUCCAACACCAUGGACGGCAGCUUCGGGCGGCAAUUUUCCAAUGAUGGAAUCUCCGGCCAGACAUGGCUUCAACUUCAGCAGCAAAAACUACGUGCCAGAAAGGAGCAACAGAAACGAGAACAUUCAAAUAGCUUUAGUUACAGUUAUGGCAGCCCUGCAUUCCCCACCGCCGACAACACGACGCUUUAUAACAGUCAAACCACGCACCGACGCAGCCAGACGCUGUCACCGGUACGCAACGAACGCAGCUAUCACACGUUGACAACGACACGGACGCACUCCAACGAGCGGCCGUUUGUUGCCGUCAAGCGGGCCCACGAGAACGCCAAGAUGCAAUCGAUCGGUUCUGCACCGUUAUCCGUUUUGAAUGCCUCACCGCACGGUCAUAUCGCACAAAUCCAACAUCAGCAGGCCGCGUCGCCUUCGUCAUCCAUGGUUUCCACCCCGACCGGCGUGGACUCCUAUGAUCAUUCUCAAGCACAGCAGCAAUCACAACAGCAACAGCAACAACAACACCAGUACACUGUUAACAGUAGCAAAAGUGUCACUAGUAGCAGCAGUAGCAAUCAUGCCAUCAUCAACGGCCACGACCAAAAGCCACUAUUAUUGAACGGGAGCAGCAACGGUAGCAGCAGCCCCGUUGUCGUCGGUCAGAGUCAGGUCCAGAAUGGGUUGCUCUCGCUGGCCGACCACGAACACUCGACCCCGAAACACGGACAGGCGAGAUUGGAGUCCGAACAGAUAAUCUUCAGUAACAUAAACAGUCUCAAUAACCUCGAAACUAGUGACAAACUUAACCACCUGCUAAAUGACGUAACCAACAGUGCGACCGCGGUCCAGCGUGUCGCCUCGGCCAACCCAGUCGGCAGUGUAAAUGUGACUAGUGCUACUACCACCACCACCACAACAACCGCUACUGCUACUACUCCCACUACUACUGCUAAUAGUCAUAAUUCAGCUACCAUUUCCGCUCCUAGUAACAACAACAGUACUUUCACCACUACCCAGACCCACCAUCAACUUCAUUACCACCACCAUCAGCAGAAGGAAAAUCAUAGAUUCAUCAAUCAUACUCACACGAACAAUCAUCAUCACGCACACCAACACCACCAGAGUCAGAGAGAGGCACUUCGAAACGGUCAACAACGACGAAGACCGUACCCGGAACCGAUGGAUACUUCGCCGGUAGGCAGUGAUCAACUGCUGCGAAUAGGGGAAGAUCCUCCGUCGCCACCGAGGCCCCCUAGCGGUCACCUGACUUUGGAUAAAUUGCUCGCCUCGCUAGCUCUGGAAAAUGACGUAACUGAGCAGCAUUUGGCCAAAAUCGAUCAACAGUGGCAGCAAAAGUCGAACCGGAACGGUGACCUGCUGCACUACAGCCAGGCGAUGGAACUGUCCGCCGUGAUUGCCAACCUGACCGAGUAUGAUCUGAGCGAAGCUCAACGACUGAAUCUGUACGGUGGUGGCAGCGAACUGAUGUACCACCACAGUCACCAGGGAAACGGGGAUGCCUUCCGGGUUCAUGCCGAUAUCAAUGGCAAUGGGUACUUCCCGACACCUGCGAAUGGAAGCGCAAAUGGCCGGAGUGGCUGCGGGAGCCAUCAGGAGUCUAGCUUACUAAUCAAUAAUCAGCACGUGCGGAGGAUUGCCUCCGAGAGUGACAGUACCAUUUCGUCCAUCUCGCCGAGCCUGUCGGAGCGAAGUAAUGCCAUCUCUUGGUGCGAUCAGGCAAGAGAAGAAUCAUUCUCCUCCUACCGUUCGGAGACGGAACCGGACCAUUCGCCAACCGGUGGAUCACCACGGCCAGAGACGCCCGCCUUUCCGGUGACUCCUCGUACGCCGUACGGCCUUAGCAAUGGCACCUCUAGUCCAGCACUGCCACCCAAGAGUCCGACAUCACAACGAAAAUAUAACUCAACAUGGUCUCUGCGCAGUCAGCGAUCGACCGUAUCCACGUACGACGUGAGCAAGGACCUCUUCGCCGGCAACCAGCGCUCGCAGGAUCUGAUCAACCAGAACGAAAUGGUUUCAUGCUACACAUCACGCCGCAACUCGAUCACAUCGAACGCGAACAGCGAACCGCAGGAGGUCGCACCCCAGUUCGUUAAGUUUGCCCGCGAUUCGUCCAAGUUCUGGUACAAACCGGCCAUCAGCCGGGAGGAAGCGAUCGGGAUGCUACGUAACGCUCCGCCCGGAACGUUCGUGGUCCGCGAUUCAACUACCUUUGCCAAUGCGUACGGACUGGUGGUGAAGGUGGCACACCCACCGCCGGGCGUUCAGUCCAAGGGACCGAAUAGCGACGAACUGGUGCGUCAUUUUCUGGUGGAACCGACGAUCCGCGGUGUUCGGCUGAAGGGAUGCUCCAACGAACCGGUUUUCACUUCACUUUCGGCACUGGUCUACCAGCAUUCGAUCACACCGUUGGCCCUGCCCUGCCGAUUGAUCAUACCGGAUGUGGACCUCCAGCAAACGGACUUCCAGACGCCGGCCCAGCAGCAGCUACUCACCCAGGGUGCCGCUUGUAAUGUUCUGUACUUGUUCACCUGUGAUACGGAAUCACUGACAGGACCCCAAGCCAUAAGAAAAGCGGUUGGAUCGCUGCUUUCAUUGCGACCACUGCCGAAACCUACACAAGUGCACUUCAAAGUAUCAAUCCAGGGCAUCACGCUUACGGACAAUACCCGGCAGCUAUUUUUCCGGCGACAUUACCCUUCCAACAACGUCUCGUUCUGUGGCCUGGACCCGGACGAUCACCGAUGGAGCAUCCCAUCGACCACGGGAGACAUCCCGGCAUCAAAACGCAUCUUCGCCUUCGUCGGCAAACGGUCGCCCACUUCAGCUGACAACCAGUGCCACGUGUUCUGCGAGUUAGAAGCCACCCAACCGGCUACGGCUAUCGUUUCUUUUGCGAACAAAGUAGUCCUCGGUGGUAGUGCCCAGUUGCAGCAGCAGCAACAAGCGGGCAUCACGCGGGCAAUUUAAGCAAUAUUCAUAGAAAUGAAAACAAACAAACAAAAAACAGAUGCACGCGAACGUUGCGCGAAGGCAGAGAAUCGAGUCAUUUUUUCUAAUAUAUUUAACUACUCUGCAAUCGGAGAAUCCGGAAUCAGCUUACCGACCGGAUUUAAAAUUAUAUAUUGGUACUACUUAAUCUAAUCUAUACUAAAAAAAACAAGGAAAAAGUAAAUCAGAGAUGAGCAGUUGCAUGCAUAAUAAACGUAGAGAUUGGACACCACGUGUAGCUUUUUAGAUUAGCCAUGUUGAUUUGAUUUUCGAAAUGGAAGCAAUUCAACACACACAACAGACAAAAACACGCAAAUCUUCACUUAUUAAUUUGAGAGCAAUUGUGUAUUAAUAUUAUUUUAAAGCUUACAAUCUACCAUAUUGUGUAACAUUACUAUCCACGAAUGUCAGUGUAAUUAUUUAGCAAAACAAACAAACAAAAAUCCGCAUGUAUAAAUGUACUUCUCAAACGCAAGAAAAUAUUAUUUAACACGGAAGGAGUUAUAUUUAUAAAACAAUAAAUUUAGUGCAGCUAACCGAAAUCCGAUCUGGAAAAGAAAAUCCAUCAUUCUCACAGUAUACUAAUAGGCAAAUAUAACAAAUAUUCUCUAAUCGUAGAUAGUUCAAUGGUUGUAACAUUUUCCCAUUUACAAGAAAAAACAAACACGCACACACUCAUCAAUUUGAUACCAUGGAAAAACGAAACAAACUCACGCUCGCUUACUUUGAUGUUUUUUUUUCAUUAGUUUGAACUCUACGUUUUCGAUUAUUGUUCUGUUCAGCACCCAACACGUGCACUGUACUCGACACUCAGUAGAUCUCUAGCAAACAAAAAAUAAACGAUUGUCUACCGACUGUCAGCGAUUGUGUGCUGUUUUCUACCGGAAGACCGAUUUUUGUUGGAGAAGGAAUUCAUUGUACUCAUGAAAAGUGAUGUUUUCGUUACUUUUGGAACCAGAGCGACUUUGUUCACAAGAACUUUUGGACUGGAAUUAACUGGUAACUUCCAACUGGCGUUCCGGCAGUUUAAAUUCAGUAAAAUGCGAUAGCAACUUCUACAGUUUACCCGAUUUUAUGAUUGGCAGUUUUCCCACUCACUUGAUUUUUUUUUUGAAAUCGUAGCAAGCUGUGCCAAAUUAAACUGAUUGACGUACAAAUAGAAAAAUUUAAAUUCGUUUAGUCUCCUCAUUUCUUGUUGUUAUUCAAUCAUGUGAUUAACGUUUGAGAGUGAAUCUGAACGGGAACGUGAAGGGCGCUUGUCAUUCUGCAAGAAGAACGAAAAAUACGGGCGAUGAAAUCAAAUAUUCGAAAGAGAAAUAAGGCGCACCUUUCCGGACUCAUUUGGAACAAGGUAACCUCCUUUUUUCUGAUAGCAGACCAGGGCAACACAGAUGCUGAUUUCGUUUUUAGAUCAGAGUUGCUCUAGGUGUGCUCGGAACUGUCACUUUUAGUAUGGAUGUUGUAAAUAUUAGAGCGAAGCUAGGGCGACUCGGUCAAAAACCGAAAACAGCAAGAGAUAGAGGAGUUAUGCAUAACGACGGAUUAAAUUUUAGAACGAAUGUCGUUCAAGUGAAUCUAACUCCCGUUUGAUUUAGCAACCUACCCAUGAUCGCAUAUUUGUCCGGUUUUCUAUGAAAUUUCCUAUCUUUAUGGGACUGACUUGUGAUCAUAGAAUUUGGGUAACGUAUAAAAGCAUCACCUGUAAACAACCUAAAUAUCUCGAUCUGUAAACUAGAUUCUAUCCGGCAUUGUCUUCCGAAUGAAAAAAGCCUACAAUUUCUACGUAAAUGGUAGCAGCACUAACUUUCUUCUUUUCCGAGCAACAGCUUCUCACACUUUCUGAUAAUUUUUGCAUUCCGUUGGAUUGUGUUAGCCAUUCUAAAACGCACAUCAUUCGAAAACCGAACCGUAGAUGUGUUCAGUGCUUCCCCAGCUUUUUUCUUCGCCGAAAAUAGCCGAGUGUGAAGUGAUCCUCUAAAUUUCGGUUCAUGCCGAACAGGAAUAAUGUUGCCUGUUCGUAUGUCCCGCAUGCUACCUUCUUCGGUACUGCAAACUUAAUAUUUUUUCGCUUUGCUAACUGUUGUCAAAGAAGAAAUAAGUGUUACGAGAGAACAAAAAAACCUAUCGAAAACGAACGAAUAACUGCUUGUCCUCUUCAGGUGAGCGUUACAUAAUUAUCAAUAACAAAAUUAAAAAAAAAAAAACUGCAGAAGAAGAGACAACAACAAUAAAAGUAUUAAAGUAAGAGUUUAGAAGCAGUAACCGCAACACAACGUACUAACUUCCACAAAUUGAGUGAACAUGAAACAAGAGUCAAUAAUGUGCCUAUAUUAAAACAGAAGAUAAGUUCUUGAAAAUCAAUCGUUGAAUCUGUAGUUUAACCCUGCGUACAAUAUCGCACUCCAAAAUUUCAUAGACAGGAUUUAGAGCUUUAAUUGAUCCGAUUCACAUCCCACAUUUAGGUGAGCAGUUAAUCAUUGUCCUCAGUUUGGGGCGAUUGUAAACGUAAACAGAAUAAAACCAAUCAACAAUCAAUUUGCAUGAGUUUUUGUGUACAUAAAUACUGACAGGAUGAUAAGUCAUAAGCUGUACAACAAAUUAAACAACUAGAAAAGAAAACCAACGAAA